AUGGACCUGAAACUUGAGCAGAAAGCAAACAUCAAAUUAUGCGUCAAACUCGGGAAAUCGGCAACGGAGACCCUCGAAAUGCGUAAGCAAGCCUACGGCAACGAAGCAAUGAGCCGGAGGGGUAGAACGUCAUUGGAGGAUGACGAGAGGUCAGGGCAACCAUCCACGAGCACAACCCCUAAAAAUGUCGAAGAAAGUGAACGAAUUGUGCGUCAGGAUCGGCGGAUCACCAUCAAGGAAGUUGCUGACAUCGUCAACAUGUCAUUUGGAACAGUUCACGCAAUCCUCACAUCCGAUUUGAGCAUGCACCGCGUCGCUGCCAAGUUCCUGCCCAGGCUCCUGAACCCCGACCAAAAGCAACACCGUGUGGGAGUCUGCGAGGAAGUCCGUCAACAGACCCGGGAUGACCCAACCUUCACGUCGAGGAUCAUCACCGGUGACGAGAGUUGGGUCUACGGAUACGACCCAGAGACCAAACAGCAGAGUUCGCAGUGGAAGAGACCGCACUCUCCGAGACCGAAGAAGGCGAGGCAGGUCAGAAGCGCGACCAAGAGCAUGCUCGUUGUUUUCUUCGACAUUCGCGAGAUUGUGCACCGUGAAUUUGUCCUCCAGGGUCAUACUUUAAUAUAUAGAUACACGAGAGAAUGCAGCUUUAAUAUAUAG